GAUCAGCCGCCUGGCAUCACCUCCAUCCACUGCAGAGCAUCUCACUGCGGUACUGAAGCUGCACGUGACUCGCACAGUCCUUCAGUUAACUACUUCAAUACCUUAAACCGCAUCAGAUGUGAAAUAACUGAAUGCUACGCCCUCGCCUUUAAAGAGAAAGGGAAUAAGACAACGCGGGGUUUUUUUCGAGCGGAGGAAAGCCUAGACCUGCUUCAAACUGACUGACAUCAGCAUGGGCAUAGAGAGUCAGGGCCCUGUCCGGCCUGUAGGAAAUCUCAACCCGAACCAGGUGAAAGCCUUUCAAAAUGUGGAACCAAAAGCACUAGGGUCCAUUCAGAUUAUCAUUGCCGUCUUGUGCCUGUGUCUGUGCGUCACCAUUCUUCAGAUCUAUGCUGAGAUUCACUUUUCUCCGGAUGUUGUGGUGGUGGUGGUGAUUGUUAUUCAGUUUCUGGCAUCUGGGUCAAUUAUAAUCCAUGCUGGGAGAUUUCCAUCUCUGUUUUGGAUUAAGGCAACACUGGUUGCUCACCUGGUUAGUGCAGCAUUUUCCACUGCCGUCCUCGGCCUGCUGUCACGUCAUCUGCCUUACCGUCAGGACACUUACCAUUGUGAACACUGCAGGAGACUGGAGUAUUUUGCUGUGCAAGAAAAUUGUUUCAAGAGAUGCACUUAUUCUGUCGAGAAAAAUUGUAAACUUUUGAUCGAUGGUUUCUUGGCCACGUUGGUGCUGUUUAUGGUAGUAGAGUUGGUGAUCUGCAUUGUGAUCAUUUUGUUUGGACUCAGUGCCCUGGCUAAAGGUGGUGUGCAGCUGCCUAGCUUUAGACAGCGUCCAGACCCAUCUGCACCUCCUAUCAGACCUCAGGUGGAUGUGGAGGUGGAGCCAGAGGUGGAGGCAGUACCAGUGGCAAUGGCAGCAUCAAUGCCCGUGCCAGUGUCAAUGCCAGUACGUCACGCUGAACCCAAAUUUGAGCCAGCAGAGGACCGCAGCCCUCCUACUGAACCUCAGGUUGCCCCCAUUGACUCUUUAACAGACUAACUGAUGUAAAUGUAGAGAUCUGGCAUGAGCUUUUAUAUUCCAAUGGUGUAUGAAUCAAUUGACCGGGCUUUUUAAGAUGGGGUGAUGUCAUUACAUUUAUUAUUGUAUGUUCUACUUUGAAAGGUUACAGAAACCUGAUAAUGCAGUGCAGUACCUAUGAUGUCCUGUAGAAUUGAAUUAUUGUAUGGUGCACAUACAGAGAGAUCACUGGUUAUUAUCCCACACAGCCUGCUUUAAGAAUGAAAAACAUGCAUGCAUUCAUAAGGAAUUCACUCAAUGCAAAAUAUUGUGAUCAGGUUGUUAACUGGAUUUUAUCAAAUGAUCAAUUCCAGUCCUCCAUUGUGAUUUAUUUAUGAUAAAACACAUCUAUGACCGCUGCAACCAGCGAUUCUGUGUAUUGAUGCGUUCACAUUAUGAUGAUAACUAUAUAGCCACACAGGUGUAAGCAUUAUAUUUAUGACCAAUCUUCAUUACACUUUGACACAUGGUAUUUACGUCAGUGUCCGAAAUCACUCACUCAUUUUCGUCCACUUCUUCCCCAUAUAAUGAAUUCACUAUUUAGAGAGUAAUGAAGGAGUGAAUGUUUUAGACACACUAUUGCUGUUCACAGUCAGUCAGGGACUAUUUUUUCCUGUGGAAGGAAAACUGAUGUUCGUUGAAAUUUUUUUGCCUUAAUAUUUGUAUUGUGUGAUAACCGUUUUGUGAACAAGUCACCGCUAAAGGGGUUGCUUUGUGGCGUUGUGCCAAACAACGCCAUUUAGCUUUGACUUCUAGUUUCACGUUUGAUGCAUACGGCACACUUAAAACACUUCAGUGGCUUCGAAGUCGUCCUCUGAUUGGUUGAAUUAUAUUGGAUUCAAACUGGCCAUAGGUGAGACUAAUACAGCACAGCCUUUCCAUACUUUAUUACUUGCGUAUAUUAUUACUAGGUGUACAUGUCAUCUACAGCCGUAUAAUAGGUUAUAUUAUGUUAAUUGAGAAAUGCAUAAAACUCACCAUUGAUCUGCGAGUGUAAAUAUUUUUAUGACUGAAGUGACUCUACUAAUAACAAGAGAUAAAAAGUGUUGCCAGGAAUGAUGUUAAUAUGUCACAAAAUGUAAUAUAUUACCACAAUUUACAGUUCAUUAGACUAAUUCAGAAAUUAUUAGAAAUGUUAAAUAACCUGAUGAUGUCUAGUAUUUAUCUUAUACAUAUAAAACUCUUAGAAAAGCUCAGUAUUGUAAAUGUCAACCACACUGGGUUCAAUCUUUUUUUUUAAACAUUCCUCUUUGUUAAAGGAAUUAAAUGUAUCUAUAUCUGUUAUUCACAUGCUGUGUUGAGAAUGAUAGAUUUAUGUGAUGUGUGAUGUCUUUGGUGCUGUAGUUCACUUACUGUAAAUACAUUAAGUUGAAGCUUUGUGUGUGAGGAACCUUGUCUAGAUCUUUUAAAAGUCAUUCUGUAUCCUUAAAUAACGAGGAAUGAAAUGGAAAAUACACUGUAUUGUAUCUUUCAGCCCUUUGUUUCAGCGUAUAGUUAACUCACUCACCAGACUCACAGAUUGUUAUUUUGUAUAUUUCUUCAUAUAAGAUGUUACAGUCAUAUAUUGUACAGCUGUAACAAGCCAAAGUAUUUUAUUGUUUUUAUCUGCUUUGCCUAAAAUGUACAUGAUUUUUUUUAUUUUACCUUUUAAAUCAUUUUUUGUCCAGAUAUUUUCUUCUCACGUUAUUUUGCAGGUUAUUAAAUGUGAUCUUGAGCAUGGU